AUGAAGAUGGAGCGUGGACCGAGCUACACCGAGUACGAGGACGUCGUCCCUGAGUCUGGAGACAAUGGGCAGCCAGUACCAAGUUCGAAGGGACUGGUGAAGCGGAUUAAUGUGCCCACAGUCACGGGUCGGAUCAUGGACCGCAAGGACCAGAUGUUCAAGCGCUCCAAGGGACAGUGGAACAUUCGUCGUCAGAAGGUGCCUCACUAUUGGAAGCUGUACAUGCAGGAUCCGUUCCACACUGUGGUCAACAUGCGGCUGAGCAAAGUGCUUGGAUCGCUCGUCUUUGCGUAUAUCGUUGUAAUCGUCCUGUUCGGCGCGUUGUAUAUGACGCCACCGGACCAUUGCAAGCUCGCCAUCAGCUCGUUCUUCGGUGGUUUCUCGUUCUCCGUGUCAGUGCUGUUUACUAUUGGUUUCGGCACCAACGGCGGAGACGUGUUUUUUGGCCAGUGUGUCUGGGUACAGACGAUUAUCACGCUCGAGUCUUUUUGCGGCAUAUUACUAGAUGCACUGGCCAUUGGAAUUAUUUUCCAGCGCUUUUCGCGUGCUCAGGCGCGUGCAAACACCAUUGUAAUGAGCACCCAUGCCUGUGCGCGUCGAAUUCGUGGUGACCUCUACUUCAUGUUUCAAGUGUGUGAGAUGCGCAAACAUCAGCUCGUGGAAGCACAUGUGCGUAUGUAUGCAAUCCGACACGACGUGGAGUUUGGCGAGCGGUACUACUUUCAGUCGUACCCGAUGCGCAUCCAGCAUCCAGAUGACGAUCUUGGUGGCAUGCUGCUGCUAGCGCUUCCUUCGGUAGUCGUGCACCGGAUGGAUGCAUGGAGUCCGUUGCUGCGGCCAACGAGUGCUGAUGCCUGCGCUCUCCACCACAAUCCCGCUAGAGGCUAUCUGUUUCCAGAGCCUCUAUGCCGCGCGGCCGAUGCCCAAAGUGGAGACCGCGACGGGUCCGUACAAGUUGCUACAAAGUCAGAGCACAACACGUGCCGUUGCGUGACUAACAAUGUCGCUGUGAGUGACGUGCACGCUGCAACGGAGCCACCGACUAUCGAAGAGAUCAAGCAGUAUUGGGCCGAGUCUCAGAUGGAAGUGGUGGUGCUUGUCGAAGGCAUUGAUGCCGUCACGUCGGCAACGAUCCAGGUACGGCAUUCAUACAAGGCGGAGGACAUUAGAUUUAACCACCGCCAUGUGAAUUGCGUGGAUGUGGAUCCGGAUACUGGUGGUGCUGUGAUUGACUUCAACCUCUUUCAUGAGACGAAGCCUGUGGAUCCCGAGUGCAACAAGGUGGCCGGCAGCUUUUACUGA